CCAUGUUAGCCUGGUAUCUCGAUUUGAGCUGAACGUCGUAAGGCCUGACAAGAUUAGCCAGGACCCCACGCUAAUCACAACAGCUAGUCAUCAACAUUAUACUGAGGAAGUUGACAAUUUCAAAAUGUUUUGUAAUCCAUGCAGCAGACGGGACGUUGAAUCCAAAUCCACAAGUUGGUGCAGUGAUUGUGAAGAGGGUUUAUGCAGUAAAUGUUUAGAGGAUCACAGAGUUAUUAAACUUACUAAAAGCCAUCAUGUAGUGGACAUGACAGAACAAAUAUCCCCUGAACAUUAUAAACUACUGUCCAUACCUAACUGUGAAAUUCAUGAGGAGCUACGACAAGAUAUGGUCUGUAAAGAUCAUGAUUUGAUCUGUUGUCAUCAAUGUUUCCAAAGCAGUCAUAAGUCUUGUAAAAAUGUCUCUCAUCUUGACAUGGCAGCAAAGGGAAUCAAGCAAUCAGAUUGGCUGAAAAAGUUAGAUCAUGAUUUUAAAGAAAUGACCAAAGUAAAUCUCAAAAUUAUUGAGGAAAGAAAAGUGUCAAAGGAAGAGUUGAAAUAUCAAGUACAGAAAAUAAAAAAGAAAAUAGCCAAUAUCAAGUCUAAGUUUAUUCAACAUAUAGAUAAUUUAGAAAAAGUUUUGUUGCAUGAACUUGCAACUGUGGAUAAAGAUGGAGAAGAAGAGUCAGAAAAGGAGAAACAAGAGUUGAUGAAUAUGGAGAAGGAAGUCCAAGCUGAUCAUACUGCCUUAGAGUUUGUAACGGCCAAUGGUUCUGAAAGUCAGAUAUACUCAUUUGUUCAAAAUCAGUCAGAAAAACAAAAAGAAAGAGUGAAAAAGCUGAAAAAAAUACCACCUAACUCAAAAGUUAAUAUUGAAUUGCAUGAAUCCAGUCAUGAUAUUGAGGCUAUUAAAUCAUUAGGAUACUUGUCUGUCAAUUAUGAACAUGUUACAAAUCCAUUCAGUGCACAAGGCUUGAUUAUAUCAGAUGAGAGCUUAUCAAGGACUGAAAAAAAAGAUUUUCCUGAUCUCCUGUUAGAAAAGGAAGAAGAGAUUGACCCUAAAGAUUUCCUUGAAGAAAAUGAAGUAGUCGAUGAUAUUGAUUUAGAAGUACACUGUGCCACAGUUACAGAUGAUAAUUUUAUAAUGGUAGCAGGUAUGUUAAGAUUGGUGGUCAAUGAAAACUACAAAACAGUCUUACAGGUUGUUAAAUAUGAUGAACACAUGAAAUAUCUUCAGAGCUGUCGCUUAGAAUCAAUAGAUCGUUAUAGUUAUUUCGGCAUACUUGACAUAACAUCAAUACAUAAAUCAGAUAUGGUGGUAGUUGUUUAUAGUUCAUAUGAUAAAAGGGAAAUGAUAUUCAUAAGCAAAUCAGAAAUGAAGAAAAUGAGGUCUUUAUUAGAUCUUUCCAAUUAUACACACAUUUGUUUAGGUUCUCAUAACAAAAGAAUUUAUCUGCAUACAAUUAAUAAAAAAAAGGAAGUUGGCAUGUCCGUGUUUAAUGUUUUUGGUUGUAGAAUCCAAGAAUUGAAUAUCAGAAAGUCAUUUGAUUCCUUCAUUGUACAACCUGACAACACUCUCUUGGGAUUGAACAAUAAGACUCUUUACUAUCUAAAAGAAGAUAGCACAGAAAUCAUGUCAUAUAGACCUAUUGGAUUGAAUGCUUUUACAGUGGAUCAUCAUGGAAACUUAUUUAUGAUGAUGGCUGAUGGUGUCCAAGUUAUGCACCCAAAGAAGGACUUAGAGUGUAUCCAUAUGGCUUUUUUGGGAACAUUUGAUGACAACUAUGUCGUUGAAUUUAACAGCUUCAAUAAAAAUCAGACAAGACUACUAUUAUUGACAGCAAUUAGUAAAAACAGCAAGAUAUUUGGAGAUGUUCAUACAUAUUCUGUGAAAUUUUUGUCAGAGUUGCAAAUGAAUCAUUGA